GGGGCGGAGCUUCAGGAAGGAGCCGUUGUCUCUUAUCCGACAGCGGAGAGAGCGGAUGGGGAGACCAGCGGCCCGAAGACAGAGUCGGAGGCAGAGCGCGCUGCAGCCAUGCAGGCGGCAGAGGCGGACGCAGGCGCAGGCAGGAUGGCGGGCGGCGCUGAAGGCCUGGACAGCCAGGGGGGCAGCGGGGGCAGGGGGGGCCGGGGCGGCCCUCGCAGCGGGGGUGCUGCUGCCGCUGCAAACGACGGAGCUCUGUGUGCCGCGCCGGCACAGCACUCUCCGGGGCCGGGCGGACACCCCGCGUCCACAGCCAGAAGGCCGGGAAGCCGGCCACACGUAUUCGCCCUAAGUGUGCCUUUCCCGUCCACCUUGGAGGCGGAGAUCGCCCGUGGGUCCCUGGCCCCAGAUGCCGAACUGCACCAUGGGGCUGUUGGGAAGGAGCUCACAGUAAGCGGCAGCGUCCUGGCGGUCCACUGGAGAGCUGAAGAUUCCCACCUCCUCCAAAUUUCCAUCGUCAACUUUCUUGACCAGCUUUCUCUGGUGAUACGGACCAUGCAGCGCUUUGGGCCCCCUGUUGCACGCUAAGCCAGGGCUAGAGAAGGGGAUUAAGGUCUAAACUUGUGUCCCUUCCUAGACAGUGCAUCCCUCCUAGGGCAGUGAUUUCUGUAGUAGUUGCCACUUUAUUAUGGGGGCCUCAUCUUUUGCCUCUACUGGCCCUUGGGUGCUGAGGGUUCACUUACUUUGUUUGGUGCUUAAAUGUUUCUUAACUACUGAAAAUAAAACUGAGCUAUGGGGCUUCCCUGGUGGCGCAGUGGUUGAGAAUCUGCCUGCUAAUGCAGGGGACACGGGUUCCAGCCCUGGUCUGGAAAGA